UUUGAGAGGUGUGGAGCAUGAUGAAGUAGAUUAUGUAAAGGAACUCAGCAGUCACCUCAAGAUCUCCUAAAAUGAAUAUAACAUUCUUAGUUAUUUUUCUUCUGCACAACACUUUAGUUAAGGGAGGAGUAUACCCGUACGUUUCCUACAAUGGGAUGUACAACAAUCCUUCUAAUCUUGACUGGGGUAGUGCAGGAUCACCUCUGUCUCAGCCGGUGCGACCUCACUACAGCGAUGGAGCAAGUUCAACUAAUUUCCCAAACCUGCCCUCCCCUCGUGACCUCAGUUUGGAGCUUUUUACCGAGGAGGUGGUGGUUCCCCUUUCUGAGAAAUACACUGUUCUCCUGCCUUAUUUUAUGGAGUUCCUCGACCACGAUAUCCUGGAGCUGCGGACCACGUGUCCUCCCGAGGAUAUGAGUAUCAGUAUCAAGGAGACCGACCCUACCUACGGGAAUAAAACCCAUAAGAAGAUGCCAAUUGAAAGGAUAAGCUACGAUGUAGACAGUGGUGUUUGGGCUGACUUCCCGAGGAAACAGAUUAAUUCGGUGUCUUCGUGGAUUGAUGGUAGCCAGGUGUACGGAAUCAGUAAGGGAUGGGUUGACAUAAUCAGAUCUGGUAAGGGUGGUAAAUUAAAGGGGGACACAGCAGGAAAUCCAGCUAAGAACACGUGGGGUGUUCCGUUAUCAUCCUCUCUGAAGCCUCACAACUGCGAGUAUCCGGACAUCAAACAGCUCCAUCUGUUCGGUGACGGGCGCAGUAACGAGAACCCCGGUGUUUACUCCCUGCACUGGCUAUUCUUUAAUGAACACAAUCUGAUUGCGGAGGAGCUGGGGAAUGACACUCGCUACAGGAACAUGAAUGAUAAGUGGUUAUUUGAUAAAAGCAGGUAUCUCACCAUUGCUAAGUUACAGAAAAUAUCAGUUGACGCGGUAAUAAGUAUAAUUGGACCGGGGUUUAUACCCGAGUAUAUGGGGUACAGAGCAACUGCGAACCCCGCUGUAAGCUUCUUGUACGCAGGAGCUGUCAAGUUCUUCUUUCUUACCAUGAUGUCAGAUAUCAUCUACGUGAGCAAUCCUACCAACUGCACCCUGGCUGACGAGAAUGUUAGACUCUGCAACACUUACUGGGACGCGCAGGUGGCUGUCAAGAAACACGGACCAGCAGCUGUACUGAGGGGACUCUCUUAUCAGCCGGCUGGUAACGUAGAUAUGCACGUGGUGAACGACAUCAGGUCAAACUAUUACGGUCCUAUGCACUGGACACGCCGAGACGGGAUAGCUACAGCGAUACAAAGAGGUAGAGAUCUGGGGGUGCCGCCCCUGAACUCUGUGCUCAACCACUACAACGAACCAGCUAUGACGUGGAGGGAAUGGGGGACUGUAGUCAACCAGGAGACUCUCACAGCACUGAAGAACUUAUACAAGAACGAUGUGGAUCAAGUUGAGCUGUUUGUCGGAGGAAUGCUGCUAAGCACGCACAGUGGGGAUAUGGCUAAUAUCUUCAAGAAAAUACUGGCUGAGCAGAUUAUCAGGCUUAGAGAGGGUGACAGAUUCUGGUUUGAGAAUAAGUAUAAUGGUUUGGGUUGCACUGGAGAAGAGGUUAACACCAUCAGAGCAACAUCUCUUCGCCACAUUCUUACUCGAAACAAGGUUGAUAUAUCAGAUCUAACUAAUGAUAAUGUGUUUUUGCUGAACAGACUCUCCGAUGAUUGCAAACUCGACCAAGACUCCACUAAACUUUCAAAAUGUGAAGGUGACAUGUUACUCCACUACGAUUACAACACCACUCCGUAUGCAAUCCCCCUCCUGGUUCCAGUAUUCCUCAUUUUCACGAUGGUUCUGGCUGUCGUCAUAACACGCAUGGUCCAUGCCAGAUCUCGACCUGCUAAGGAAGAGGAAACAGACCCAGAAGCUCUGAAACUGGGGAAAAUAACUGAACUUGGGUCGAAAGAGGGGGAUCGUAGUGUAAAGUUACGGUUUGAUGAUAUUGCAGGAUCUUUAGUCAUGAGCUCCAAAGGGAAAAAAGUCCGGAGUAUUCCCUUCAAGAAAUUAAACACAAUUCCUGUAGUGUCCUGUUCCGAUAACAGACUUUUGUUACUCAUUAGUAUUCCUAAGGAGUACGAUAUUAUGUUAAAGUUUAGCUCAGUUCGUCAAAAGGAAAUAGCACUGGAAGAGCUCACCGCCUUCAGUGACCGCUGUAAUGUAGAGAUUGAUAACCAGCUGCUAACUAAAAAACAAAUGAUGAAAGUGGCAAAAACAGAAAAGCACAGACAACAUUUGGUGGACACAUUCCUAUCUUCUGUGUUCUCCGAGAUGAUGCAAGGAGAAAAUGGGGUGUCGGGAAAUGGUGAAGUUAGUGCGAACGACAAAGUUGAGAGACUCAACUUCAAAGGAGUAGGAAGUCACGUGCUAGAAUGUGAACUGACACGGACUGAGUUUGCCAGCGCUCUCGGACUCAGACCGGAUCAGGAGUUUGUGGAGAAGGUGUUCCCUCUGGUCGACAAAGACAAGAAUGGCAGUAUAAGCUUCAGAGAAUUCCUGAGCUUCAUGAUCGUGUACUCGUCUGGUACAUCAGACGAUAAACUCAAGCUGAUUUUCAACAUGUACGACUACGAUAAAAAUGGAUCGCUCCAUGUGGACGAGAUAAAACAAAUGAUAACCUCCAUGUUGCAGAUGGUUUCUGCUUCUAUAAAACCUGAGGAACUCUCUCGAAUGAUCCAAUCCCUUUUAGAUCAGGCUGGAUUGGGAGAGAAGAAAGAACUGACGUUUUUAGAAUUCCAGACUGUCAUGUCCGCUUACAGAAAGGAUCUCGAAAAAGCACAACUUGAGGUGAAGGGAGGAGAACGACUCGGUAAAUCGAACUUUAAACGAAAAGUGUUUACAGCGAUGAGACCCCAGGGCAGAGAAAUAAAGCGAUACAUUGAAAAUCACAGAUUGGAGAUAUUCUACUCAGUGAUCUUCCUGCUGGUGGUAUUUGUGUUGUUUUUGGAGAGGUUCAUUACUUAUUCUCGUUACAAGGACCACACUGGUUAUCCUCAGUUACUUGGGUACUCAUUAUCCUUGACUAGAGGAUCCGCUGCUGUUUUGAUGUUUACCUUCCCCCUCUUUCUCGUUCUUAUGUGCAAGAAUACUCUUACUCAUCUAAGAGGAACAUUUAUAAAGCGGUACAUCCCCCUGGACGCUAACAGAACAGCCCAUAUCUACCUCGGCUGUGUAACCUUGCUUUUCAUCCUCGUUCACUGUAUCGGACACGGGUACAAUUUUUAUAUGAUAACUACAUUGUCUCCGGACCAUUUGACGUGUUUGAUGCCACGAACCUGGCUAGAUGGACAGGGUCAGGCAACUGUUUUGGGGUUACUUUUCGGGACUAUAACCGGGAUCACAGGGAUACUACUAGUGCUAACCCUCCUGACAAUGUACAUCUGUGCUACACAAUACGCUAGACGGUAUCUUCACAGGUGGUUCUGGAGUACUCAUAUGCUCUAUCCUGCUGUGCUGGGCCUCAUGGUUCUGCACGGAGCAGGACGACUUCUUCAGGAACCUACAUUCCACUAUUACUUGAUAGGACCAGCCAUUCUGUUUACUUUUGAUAAACUGAUCAGUGUUAGUCGUAAGAAAAGGGAAAUUCCACUGAUAGAAGCUAAAAUCUUACCCAGUGAGGUAACAAAUCUGGUGUUCAAGAGACCAGUUGAUUUCCACUACCUGGCGGGACAGUACGUUAAUAUAGCUCUAGUUAACAGUGGUACAGGGCGUGACGAGUAUCAUCCCUUCACCCUUACAUCAGCGCCCCAUGAAGACUACCUAUCAGUCCAUAUUAGGACACUGAAAGGGUGGACUAAAGUACUCCGGGACCUGGCCAUUAAAAACGAGAAGAACCCCGAGAGGAACCCUAACUUGUUUGUGGACGGUCCGUUCGGUGAGGCUCACCAGGACUACUCCAACUACGAGGUAGUGAUAUUAGUUGGAGGAGGUAUUGGAGUAACUCCGUUCGCUUCCAUUUUAAAAGAUCUCGUCCACAAAGCAACUUCCAUGCAAUCUUCUCUUUCCAAAUUGAAGAAAGUGUAUUUCCUGUGGUCGACGAGGACUCAGAAGCAGUUUGAGUGGCUUCUCGAUAUUAUAGGUAAGUGUGAGCACGAAGACAGACGAGAUAUUCUGGAUACACACAUCUUCAUAACGAGAUUUUACGAGAAGAGUGACCUACGAACCACUAUGUUGUACAUCUGUGAGCGGCAGUUUCAGGACAUAUCUAACAGGUCUCUAUUUACUGGCCUGAAAGCGGUCACACAUUUCGGUCGGCCCAAUUUUAGCAGUAUAUUUGAUCACAUAGCGCUUACACAUCAGGACGUCCGCAAGUUUGGUGUAUUCGUGUGCGGGUCCACCAUCAAUGUCAGACUCAGUUACACUGACUUGUAGUAAGAUUACGGGAAAACAAACUUUUGUUGCUUAUGCGGAGAACUUUUAAUGAACUUUUGUACUUUUAUAAUGAUUGGUAUUUGGGUUGGGUAAAGGUUUGGAUCCUGAAUAAUGGUAGAGAGGUGAGCCAUUUGCUUUAAAAUGUUGUUAAUUUGAUUUUUCAUUUGUAAUCGCAAUAAGAUGGUUUGUUAUGUUAUCAAUUCCAGUUAAGAUGGUUCUAAAAAGUUCGAUUUGUUGGAUUUGAA